UCUUCCCUCGUGACAUCAUUGUCGAGGUUUAUUGCUCUUUCUUGUGGUCCUUUGGGACUAUUUAAAUCUCUCUUAUCACAGUCUCAGUUUUUAAGUGUGUAUUCAAAGACCCCAAAACACUCCCUCUUAUAUUCAUCCUCCUCUCUUUUUUUCUUCUUAGUCUUUUCUUUUCAACUUUAAACCUUAUCAAAUCAUAAAGGCUAUAUACCUACUUGCCACAUAUAUAGCUCAUUUCUCAAUUUCUUAAACUAUUCUACAAUCCAGUCAGAGUAUAUAAACAAACAACUAAAGAGUGGUUUUGCUACAUUGUUGAAUAUGUCAAACAGAAGAUCAAGGCAGUCUUCAAGUGCUCCCAGGAUCUCCGAUGAUCAAAUCAUCGACCUUGUAACUAAGCUCCGUGAGAUUUUGCCGGAGAUUGGCCAACGUCGUCGUUCCGAUAAGGUGUCAGCCUCCAAAGUUUUGCAAGAGACAUGCAACUACAUACGAAACUUGAACAGAGAAGUUGACAACCUCAGCGAGCGUUUGGCUCAGCUUCUCGAAUCUGUCGAUGAAGAUAGCCCUCAAGCGGCCGUCAUAAGAAGUCUACUCAUGUAAUCUGUUAUGAGUUUCCAUAUAAUAUAUGUAAGCUAAUCUUCCUUUAUUUUAUGAACUUUUAAAGAAAUGAGAAUGAUCUUUAGACC